AUCUCCGGGCGCCGGGAGCAGCUGGUUCCUCCGAGCGGCGCUAUGAGCGCGGAUGAUGAGCUGAGUCUGCUGGUCAUCGUCAUUGACACCAACCCUAUCUGGUGGGGAAAGAAGGCGCUGGGAGAAGCUGAGUUCACCCUAUCAAAAUGCAUUGAUGCAGCGAUGGUACUGGGAAAUUCGCACUUAUUUAUGAAUCGCACCAACAGACUUGCUGUAAUAGCAAGUCACACGCAAGAAAGCCGUUUCUUGUACCCUGGAAAGCGUUGGGCUUUUGCAGAUCUCUUUGGAGAUGGUGGUAGUUCCAUGGAAUCUAACUGCUCUGGCAGCAAGGAUGGAAAAUAUGAAUUGUUAACAGCAAUAAAUGAUGCAAUUGCUGAAGAGAUUAAAGACCUCAUGACAAAAACUGACAUGAGGGGCCAGCAAACAGAAACUCUGUUAGCAGGAUCACUUGCUAAAGCACUUUGUUAUAUCAACAAGAUGAGCAAAGAGGUAAAAGCCAAUCAAGAAAUGAAAUCAAGGAUUUUGGUCAUAAAAGCAGCAGAAGACAGUGCAUUGCAAUAUAUGAAUUUCAUGAAUGUGAUCUUUGCAGCACAGAAACAGAGUAUUUUGAUUGAUGCCUGUGUCUUGGACUCUGAUUCAGGUCUUCUACAACAGGCUUGUGACAUUACGGGUGGCAUAUAUUUGAAAGUGCCCCACAUGCCAUCUCUUCUGCAGUAUUUGUUGUGGGUAUUUCUCCCUGAUCAAGAGCAAAGAUCACAGCUUGUCCUUCCACCUCCUAUUCAUGUUGACUACAGAGCUGCAUGCUUCUGUCAUCGAAAUCUUAUUGAAAUUGGUUACGUGUGCUCUGUGUGCUUGUCAAUAUUCUGCAACUUCAGUCCUAUUUGUAGUACGUGCGAGACUGCUUUCAAAAUAUCACUGCCACCUGUCAUGAAAGCUAAGAAGAAAAAAUUAAAGUUAGCUGUGUAAAAACAUUAUGUAAAUACAUCAUUACCUCCUCCAGUAAUUCCAUGAAAUGGAAUAUACGUGAGAAAUUGAUGGCACUUUUUAUUGGAUAUGAAAGAGAACUGUAUGCAGUGUUACUACUUGUUUCUUAAGGGAUAAAUAUUUAAAUCGUGUAUUUCCUACACAGCCCUUUAAGUAACAAAUCACUGUCUUACCGUGUACCUGUGGUGUUUUAAAUACUAAGUCUUAAUUUCCAAAGUUACAGCCUGUUAAGAGACAGACCUUGUAAAGUAGAAGGUAUUCUGGCCACUGCAAAGUUUCACACCUCCAGGUUAUUUUCAAAGACAAGAAAGCUCUGAUUCUUUUUGUAUGUUGGUGUUAAAGGUAAGAAUGCCCAUUGUUGGUGUUAAAGGUAAGAAUG